AUGCAUCCGCAAGCAUGCAAUGAGGAUCCGAAUCAAACAUUCUCUUCCAGAGCUCUGCCUACCUCAAGUUCUAUUUGCCCCGAAAUCACAACGGCAGCGAACAUUGCCACUUCCGUUGCGCCUACCUUGACGCCUUCCGAUUCUUCGAAUUCCUCUUCCUCUACUUCGUCCACCUCUUCGACUUCCUCUACCUCCUCCACUAAUUCAGGAAGUUCCCUGACUUGCGAUCUUAACGAUAGUGGAGUUGUCCUCCUCUCUACCAUGCAGGCCUCACCAAACUCUCGAAAGCCUUCUGCUUCUUCUGCGCUAGAGAAGCCCGGUACACUCGUUCCACCUGAUGUUAGUUAUCAUGAGAUACUAUCCUCAUCCACUGGAGCUCACCCGGAGCCAAUAUAUGUGCCAAAGACUUCCACCACUUGUUCACUUGUUUCUACUGCAACAGCAACAGCAACAGGCUCUCCCUCUUUUGGAGAUACUUUAGAAACGAUGGGUAUAUAUGUGGAAGUCGACGAAGACACUGAACCGCACCUUCGGUAUCGUCAUACCAGACACAGACGCCUUCGGGCAGCGUCGGCUUCCCGAUCCUUAUACCCCUCCAACUCUUCCACUGUUUCUUCCUCCACAUCUACUUCUCCCAUUCGUUCCUCUAUCUCCAACUCUUCCCCCUCUUCUCCUUCGUCUCCAUCUCCUCCUCUUGUCAACACAGCACGAACCUCCAUGCUACGAGCGAAUCGUCUCGGAGUGCGGCCACAUAGUCACGUUCUCUCCUCCCGACUCUGUGCUGCAGAGCCUCGACAGUCUACUUGCCAGUUUAUUGCACCCCUCUACGAUGAAGUGGCUGACGUAGAUGGGCGCCGGGGGGCUUGGAUUUUCCAGCAGGGUGACACUAGCAAUGCUAAAUUGGCGUCAAAAACUGAAGCGAAGUCGGUACAGAUGAAGGAAGAAAAUAAUGACGAAAUAUAUGAGUUUCCUGAGUGUUGGCGAGGGCAAUCAUCCUUUCAUCCCUCACCAACGACAGCCGAAAUAGUAGACAGGGCUCCUUGCGCUUCUGGUAAUUUAUGGACAUUGAAAGCGAUAACCAAUAUAUUUUUUAAACUUCGCUAA